AUGUCGUCUACUUUCCUCUUCUUUGCGCUGGCCGCAGUCAUGUUCUUCGCUCUCCAGGUCGCAACUUCGUUCGGCCUUCUGGAUUUCCUCCCAGCCGCGCUGGAGGAUGGGGCUGGUCCCCAUCUAUCCGUUGGGGCAUGGUUUUUCGCCGGCUGCUGUGUCCUUCGAUCCUCGCCGCCCGCCUGCCGUGCCCUCUCUUCCUCUGUCGGGACUCUCGCCGCGCUGGUUCGUGAGCUUGCUGUCCUCUCUCGCGACAAGACGAUAGCGGCCCUGAAAGCUCAAGUGCUGGCAUUUGAGCAGAAUUCGGGUGCCGCUUACGUCCCCCCUCCCGGCAAGCAGUCGCUGGUCGACUGUGAGGCCACCAUCGAAACGCUCCAGCGCCAGAUCAAUAAAUUGACUGGCAAAGUCGCCAUGUAUGAGCGACACUACAACGUCACCGCCGUUGACGCCGACCGCCUCACCUCCCACCAAACCAUCGCCAAGCUGAAGCUGGAGCUUCAGUCGAAGUGCGACGAAAUUUCCCGGCUGAAAGAUGCCAUUAUCCACAAGCGCAACGACACAACGGUGUCGACCCUUCUCUGCGAGCGGAACCGGCUGGAGGUGGCCCUUGAGGCCAAGAGGAAGAGGGUGAACGAGCUGGAGCCGAUCGCUCUUCAGCACGGCCGCGAUAUGUACCAGCGCGACGCCCAGGUCGCCAUAUUCAACGCCCUCAAGGAGUAUAUCCACCGGAUGGUGGAGGCGGGAGGUCUUCAGAUGACCGUCGUGGUGUUGUUCGUUGGGGCUCUUGCGGGCAAUGCUGGCAUUGACCUUGCGGAGCUCGGUAUCGACGGAACCCAGUUCCAGACUUACUUGGACUACGCCAUGGCGGCCUGUGAUGGCCUCCCCUGUCCUCUCCUUCCACAAGGUGGCUUGCGCCUUCAUGGCAUUCGGUAUCCGCUGUCUGGUCUGCGCGUCUUUGGCAACAGGGUUGUCGAGGCUGGCCCAAGUGUCGUCGUCGCUUCUACUCCAGCCAUCGUGGCCGCUGCCUCUUCGGUACCCCUCGUCGGCUACAACACCUUCAGUGCCCCUCCUGCUAUUAUGCAGAACGCACGGAAUACCUCCUGCGCGACUCAACAUGUCGCCUCUGCCGCCCCUCCGAUUGUGUUUGCCGGCUUCACAGCCCCCUCCAAGUCUCCUCCAGCAAAGCCAUGUCCGGCGAAGACCUCCGCGCCUACUCUACCGGAUCCCGUUCCCGUGGCUCCCUCCCAGCCCGCCACAAAUGAGACGAGACGGAUGAGCUUCCAGCCAAGCAAGAGGCCGGGAACCUUUGGUGUAGGUGUCGGCGGGAUUGGAAAGACGAGUGCGGCUCCGAGGAGGUCUUGA